CCGGGGAAGAGCCCACCUGCCGGUCCGCCAUCGACCGGCGCAAAAAGUGGGGCUGGUCGCUGUUCUGCUCAGGCAGCGUCCGGGCUCCGGGCGCCCUCGCCCAGCUCGUUGGGAGUUCAACCUUCCUCUCAGCAGCCGGCCCCGCGCGCCGCAGAGGGACCCCCCAGGACGCAGCGGCGGACGCGGACCUCGCUAUGGCUGGGGCUCGCAGACUGCUCCAUCUAUGGCUGGGCUGCUUGUGCGUGAGCCUGGCGCACGGACAGAGACUCAAGCAGCAUUUCCCGGAGCUCCGCGAGCCCGUGCCAGGCGACCGCACGGCAGGUGGUGGCCCAGACCCCCUCCCGCAGCCGCUCGACAAGGUGUCAGAGCACAUGCUGCGGCUCUACGACAGGUACAGAGGCGGCGGCAGAGCCGAGGCGGCGCGCACACCGGGGUCCUCGGAGCGGGGUUCGCCCCCUCUGCUCCCCCAGCCCCUGCGCGAGGGCAACACGGUUCGCAGCUUUCGAGCCGCUGCAGCAGGAACCCUUGAAAAUGAGAGACUGCAUAUUUUUAACCUGACUUCUCUAACCAAGUCUGAAAACAUUUUAUCUGCCACACUGUAUUUCUAUAUUGGAGAGCUAAUAAAUAUCAGCCUGAGUUGUCCUGUGUCCCAAGGAUGCUCACAUCAUUCCCAGAGGAAACACAUUCAGAUUGAGCUCUCUACGUGGAUCCUCAAAUCCACCGGAAACCAAAGUCAACUCCUGGGUCAUCUUUCAGUAGAUGUAGCGAAACUUCAUCGAGAUUUUGUUUCCUGGCUGUCUAAAGACAUCACUCAACUUUUGAGGAAAGCCAAGGAAAAUGAGGAGUUCCUCAUAGGAUUUAACAUUACUUCCAAAGGCCACCAGCUGCCAAAGAAGAUAACACCCUUUCCUGAGCCUUAUAUCUUGGUGUAUGCCAAUGAUAUUGCGAUUUCUGAGCCUGAGAGUGCGGUAUCAAGCUUGCAAGGACACCGGAAUUUCCCCACUGGAGCUGUGCCCAAACUGGAUAGCCAUAUCAGGGCUGCCCUUUCUACUGAACGGAGGAAGAAGCGCUCUGCUGGGGUCCUGCUGCCUCUGCAGAACAAUGAGCUUCCUGGGGCAGAAUAUCAGUAUAAGGAGGAUGGGGUAUGGGAGGAGAGAAAACCUUACAAGACUCUUCAGACUCAGCCCCCUGAAAAGAGUAAGAACAAAAAGAAACAGAGAAAGGGACCUCACCAGAAGAGCCAGACACUCCAGUUUGAUGAACAGACCCUGAGGAAGGCCAGAAGGAAGCAAUGGAUUGAACCUCGCAAUUGUGCCAGGCGGUACCUUAAAGUGGACUUUGCAGAUAUUGGCUGGAGUGAAUGGAUUAUCUCCCCCAAGUCCUUUGAUGCCUAUUAUUGCUCCGGAGCAUGCCAGUUCCCCAUGCCAAAGUCUUUGAAGCCAUCAAAUCAUGCUACCAUCCAGAGUAUAGUGAGAGCUGUGGGCGUCGUUCCUGGGAUUCCUGAGCCUUGCUGUGUGCCAGAAAAGAUGUCCUCGCUCAGCAUCUUAUUCUUUGAUGAAAAUAAGAAUGUGGUACUUAAGGUAUAUCCAAACAUGACGGUAGAGUCUUGCGCUUGCAGAUAACC